UGGAAAAUUACAGAAAAAGUUAGAUGUAUGAUUGUAGAUUCCUAAGAAGGUUAGUUGUCUUGCUCAUAGGACACUCCAAACUAUGUACAUUGCUUCUUAGGAUUCCUUCACUACAACCUAUGAUGCCAGGAAAAAAAAAAUGAUGACAUCCUAGUGCAAGAUGAUGAUCAUUCCAAGAACAGCUCACAGCCAACUGUUUUACGCUCGUUAAAGGAUAGAAGUGUGCAGAUUCUUGGCAACCUGCAGAACUCGGAUAAACAUGGCACUUGAAGCAGGAAAGGAGAAAUGGCGAAGCGUGGUAGGACUCGUAGUUAGUGCGCCAAUUGAGAAAGUAUGGACAAUAGUCUCUCAAACAAGAAGGCUACAAGAAUGGAUGCCAAUGGUUGAAAGAGUCACUGACUUAGCUGGUAAUGAAGGUGUUCCUGGCUAUGUUCGGCUAGUCUCCGGCUUCAUGUUCCCUCAAGAUGAUGGAGAGAGGUCAUGGAUCAAGGAAAGGUUAGUUUCCAUGGACUCAACACUGCAUAGUUACGUUUACAGAAUGGAAGCAAGCAACAUAGGAUUAGACGGAUCGGUUAACUCACUGAAGCUAGUCAAAUAUGGAGAAGACUCAACACUAGUUGAGUGGUCUUUUGAGAUUAAUCCCAUGGAAGGUGCCUGUGAGCACAGCAUCAUUGAUUACCUGGAAUUUCUUUACAAAUCUUGCAUUAAUAGGAUUGAGGGUGCCAUACAAACAGCAUCUCAAAUGGCUCGAGGCGGUCUGUGAUAUUGUAAGACUUAUCUUUUUUGUGUCAUCUUUGAAUUAAUUUCAGACUUGUGAUACAGAUUAUGGUCUAAAUUUUACACUGCAGAUGUUUUAAGAA